UUUACAUGCGCACACACACCUACAGUAUAUAUUUAAACAUGACUGAGAUAUUGACACAAUGAACUGUGGUGCUUGAUGUCGAAUGUGAUCUUAACAUUUUUCUAUUAUUUUUGUUUGUAUGUUCUUUUUAGAAGGAAAAAAAAGCUUAGUUUAAUUUCUAACUGCUCUACAGACCUGUUUUUGAAAGCCAAUAAGUUCAUAAACCAGUCUUCCUGCUUUCUUUCCCCCUGUUUAAGCACGAUACAGACUCCUCCAAUUUUAUGUGGCUUAAUUCUGCCACAAGGACACACCUCCAAGCAGUCACUUGCGAAUGGCUGUCCCUCACACUGGGUGUGUCCACAUCUUACCCAACUUCCUGUGACAGUCCAGUUCCACCCACCCCUCCUCCUUUCCCCAGCAGCCUAUACUGCACAAGCCCCCCACCCCCUGUCCCACCAGUGCAAAGAUUUACACCACCACCACAAAACCCUUCCUCAAAACACUCCCCUGUAACCAGCCAAGGACCAAUCACUUCAGAGUCCCCUGUUUCACUAUAUUCUCAUGAACUACUGAUCUUAGAGCACAAUCAGGACUUGUAUAGAAGAGAACGAGAGGGAUGUGACAAUAAACAGCUGUUUGAAGAUCUGUGUGUAAAGGAGCAAAGCUUGAAGCAAAACUAUGACCCACCCAGACUUAUAGGUGAACCUGAUCCAAAUGGCCAACUCAUGUCUAUGUAUGUGAAUAAUCAACUGCCCAAUGAACUUAAAGCCGCAUUGGUCAACCAAUCAAAAAAUAUAGCUAAUCAAGAAUUAUUACCUAAAUGGUCGGAAUCCAAUAAGCUGCUGUCCAUCAGUCCAAGCCACAAAUCAGAAAAUAUACAGGAUGAACACCAUGAUAUCUACGAGAAAAUGGCUGACGAGCUGCCGUCAGUCAUUUUGAGUGGCAAAUCAGAGUUUCAGAGUCCAGUAGCUGCGCUAACGUUGGAGAGACUUCCUGAGUUGUACAUACAGGAAGAGGAUGAUGAAACAAUAAACAGAUCAGGCAUGCUGGCUGUUUCAAAAAAAGAGGUAGAGCUUGCAGUAUGACAAAAUCAUUUUACUUUAGUUGUGUGCAGGGAGUAAAAACCUCCAUGAUCUUUAAGUCCAGUUUUCAUACUAUCAUUAAGCUGAAUUUUUUACAACUUUUUGCAUCUCAAAUUUUAUUUGCAUGUUCAUUGACUAAAUGAACCCUCUAUUGCUCUGUGUUGCCUCUCAGUAAUGAGUAGCGGUCUGCAAGGGCUUUAAAAUAAACCAAACCCGACUUAUACCCGAGUCCAUGCGUUAUAAUCCUGAAAUUGAAUUAAUAUUUGGUAGUUAUGAUCAGGACUGAUGUUGGAGUUUAAAAAAAUUCACUAAUUGAAAGUGGAAAAUAAUAUUAAUAUAAAAUAUUAUUAUUGCAGUUUUUUGACGUGGACAUUUUUGUCCUCUAAGGACCUCUGAGUAACUUUUUUUUAUUGACGCACAAGGGUUAAAUCAAUUGAAACCUGUGUUUGAUUCAUAUUUCCUUUGUCACACAAUGUUGCAUCAAACUCGGCAACAUACCUAACAUACCCUACAAUUUUGUGCAAGAAAUGUGGACCUUUUUUUUCUAAAUAAUGAUUUCAUAAUGCAUGCAAUAGAGGGUUAAAGGGACCAUUAUCUUAGGUCCAAAGUUGUAUAUAAUUGUGUACUUAGUAGUGGAACCACAAUUUCAGCUCUUUCUUUCUCUUUGUCAGGCUGAAUCCUCUUCUGUUGCUCAAUCCACCCCUUUUUCCUCCUCCAUCACUCCAUCUCUUUCCUUCUCCUCCUCCCCAACCCCUAAGUCCUCCCUUACUCUUUCUUCCACUAGCUUUUCUUUUCCUGACAUUGAAUCAUCCGUUUCUGCUGCCCACCCCUCUCUGCCGUCCCCUUCUAAACUAUCUCCAUGCCUAUCACCUCCCUUUGCCCCUCUUGCUUCAUCUCUACCUUUGGUACCCUUUCCCUCCCCUUUAUUCCCAUCCUUCUGUCUUGCCUCCCAUUCAGACUCUCCUCUUCCUCCAUCAUUUCUCUCCACUCCUCUUCCUUCACCUCCUGUGACCCCUCCAUACUCCCCAAUCCCUCUUCUUCCUCUUUCUCAGCCACCCUUUUAUUCUCUCAUUUCUUUAUCUUUACCUUCCGAUUCUCAGUUCUCAACAUCUGGACACUUUUCCUCUGUUCAUCCUCAUCUUUCCUCUCCUGGCUCCUCCCCUUUAUUCUCUCAUAUCGCCUCCUCCAAGUCUCCUUCUCCGCCGUCCUCUCCUAAUCUCUCACCAAUCCCUUCACCUCCUUGUUCCUCUCCCUUUCCUUCUUUUCAUCCUACUCUUUAUACAUCCUGCCAGCCUCUUCUACCAACCAUUCCAGCCUCCCCACCCUCCUCUCCCUCUCCUCCUCCAUCCUUUCCCGCAUCGUCUUCAGAUUGCUCUCCAUCUCCUGAGAUUCUACCAUCCCCGCCUCGAUCUCCUCCACCCUCCUCUGUACUCACCACUCAGCCCUCUCCAUCUGCCCCUCCAUCCUCUCUCUCUUUUCCUCCUCUCUCCCCACGUUCACAGCCUCGUUCUCCUAAGAUCAAGGUAAAAAGAUUGAAAAAAGGUUUCGGUUUUUAUAUGUAAAAGGAAAUAGGAAUGCUUUGAGGUGCAUGUGCGUAUGAGUUUGAUAAUCUGAACAUUGUUUUGUACAUUAAACAAAUGUUAGAAGUCUAGUCACAUGUGGAUACAAGCCUUUUACUAUCAAAAUAAUCACACAGGCUUGAGUGAAUAGGUGUGCAAGGGACCUCAUUCCCAAACCCAUAUGACUUUGUCCUUAUGACCAUGACAGUGGAUAGUGCCUUAUGGCUCGGUCACAUUUACUUUUGCACAGCAAAAUUCCACAGGCAUAAAGGGCGUGUGCGGAUGUUAAGUGUAAAACUUGCAAAAAUGACAUUGCAUUUUAUAUUCUGAAAGAGUGGAAUUAUAGAAAGUCACCCCUAUAAUGGUUUCCUUGUCCAUUGUGAACAUUCAGUGUAGCCCACACAGAGGUCACUGCCAAACCAAGCAACUUCCUAUUGAUCAACACAGCGAAUUUGCAUAUCAAAAGUUAAUCAAACUUGAUCCCCAUGCGAAAUUCGCUACGGAAGUCCAUCAUGCAAAAUUCCGGAUCAUGUGGAUUCACCUUGACUGUACUGUACUUCACCCAUCACCCAUUUGCAGUGUAAAUGUAAAUGUGACCAAGCCUUUACUUUAAAGCUUAAAAAAGGACCUAGAAACAGUCCAUGUGGCAGGUGAAUUGUAUAUUUUAAGUCUUCUGAAGGCAUGCGGUGGGUUUUGGAAAAAAAACGUUAUUGUAUGAACACUCAUGCCACGCAUACCUGUUGUGUUCCACAUAAGAAAGUAUGCCAUAUGGGUUUGGAAUGACAUGAGGGUACGUGAGUUUGAAUUUUUGGGUAAACUAUACCUCAUUUCAUGUGACUGAAAACUAGGAUUCAAUGAUAGAUGUACUGUCUGUUAAAUAGAUUGUACUGUCUUGAGGUCCGAGGAAAGGUCAGACCAAAAUAAAAAUGCCCCUCAAUUCAAAACACAGGUGUAAAAUAUGCCCCCAUAAGGAAUCUGACAUAGUUCUUAAUAUUUUUUUAUAGUCCUAGUGAUACAUAGAGUAUGAUUGCUUAAAUUAGUUGUUGGUUUAAUGUUUAGGGUAAAACGUAAUAAAUUCUCAUUCUUGAACAUUUGUAUUACUGUAAUAAAUGGAUUAAAUUGAAGCCAACAGAUGAGAUGAAAUUUGUUUUAUAUGGUUUUGGUGGUGGGGGGGUUGCCUUAAAAUGUAAAUAAAAAAAAAUGCAGCUGAAAAUCAAAUCUAGGGGCAAAUAUUUCCCCCUUACAAAUAAAUAAAUACCAUUUUGACAUUUUGUCACAUUUCAUUUUCACAAUCUUUUUUGGAUUUUUGGUAACAACAGUACAGGACAUUGACCGGACUGUAUUUAUUUUCCUUACUGCAUCGUUUUCAUUCAUGUGAAUUUAAAUAUGCCAUCUAACCAGACUGACGUCCAUAGUGCGAGUGAUACAUUGUGUCUGCAUGUAUGUAUAAAUACUCUUCCUUGCCUAGAGUUUGUCUAUACUGUAUCAAAUCCCUAAUUAUUCAAGUCUCUGGAAUGACUACUAAAACUGAAAUGGAAUUAAUGCAUAGUGACUGCAUUAUGAUUAGACGGAUGUUGUACGAGACAGUGUUGAUCUCUGACUGGUUGCCUUGCGUUUGCUUCUUGCAGAAAGUUUAUAGUCAAGAGGUGGUGGUUGAGGGUAAGCCGCCACGUAGCCCAGCUUCCACCAGGAGGCGCUGUUUAUCUCCCUGUUUAUCACCCAGUAGAGCACGGAGGGUAGGAUGGAGUGUGCUGUGAGACUAGCAGCUGUGCAGACUUGGAAAUGUCCAUUCUAAUCCCUUUAAUAGUUCUCUGGUGACCACAUCAUGGGUGGUUUUCCUCUCUUUGUGAACUAUAACACAUUGGGUCAUCUCUAAGCUCUUUGAUGAAAUGAUGAAGAAUAACAAUGACAUCAUGUGCCUGGAUUUGGCAUGAUGUACUGACCCUUUGAUGCAAUAUGUGUGCAAUAUAUUGACUCUUCCCCCUCUCUCUCCCUCU